UUCUCCACCUCACUUCCCCUACCUUAUAACAACACCCUUCUAACUCUUCUUCUUCUUCAUCACACCUUGAUGUGAUCAUUCAUGGCAAACAUCACCAUUUUCAUCCUCUUCUUCUGUUUCCUCUUCUCAGUUCGUGGGGAUCAUCUUCAAAAACAAUCACAUCACAAACAGACCCACAUUUCAAAACCGGAUAACAUUACAGCUUCAACAGCAACAGUCGCAGCAACAGAUAUAAUCAACCAAGUUUGUAAUGCAACAAGGUUCCCAAAUACAUGCAAAACAACUUUAACCAAGGCAGGUAACCUCUCAUCAUCAUCACCCGUUGAUAUAAUCAAAGCUUCAUUUUCAAUCUCCGCACAUAAACUCAGAAAAUCCAAAAAACUAGUGAAAACCAUCUUGGAUGCAUCUUCCGGCAACCAGAACCGGUCUGUUGCCGCACAAAACUGCUUAAAGGUGCUUCAGUUCUCGGAAUACCGCUUUUCAUUAGCGGCCAAUACACUGCCACGUGGAAAACUGAAAGACGCACGUGCAUGGACGAGCGCUGCGCUUUUGUACCAGGUCGAUUGCUGGUCGGCUCUGUCGAAAGUCAACGAUAGUCCGACGGUCAACGAUACGGUUAACUUCAUGAACUGGCUGACUGAGUUGACAAGUAAUGUUCUUAGCAUGUUGGUUAGUUACGACCGUUUUGGUAAUGAAACCGGUUCAUGGAAACCACCGAUGACAGAGAGAAAUGGCGUAUGGGAAAUGAAUACCGGUGGUGGUAUUGGUGGCGUCAGUACUAAAAGAAGUUUUCCGGCUAAUUUAUCGGCGAACGUAACCGUAUGUAAAGAAAAGAACUCAGAGUCAGGGUGCUACACAAGAAUACAGGACGCAGUUUUUGCGGCACCGGAUUAUGCCGAAGGAGUCGGAAGAUUUGUGAUCAUGAUUAAAGAAGGUGUUUAUAGUGAAACUGUUAGAAUUCCAUUGAAGAAGAGAAAUGUAGUAUUUCUAGGAGAUGGCAUGGGCAAAACUGUGAUAACUGGUUCUUUAAAUGUUGGGCAACCAGGAGUCUCUACGUAUAACACCGCCACCGUCGGAGUCUUAGGUGAUGGAUUUAUGGCUCGCAAUAUCACAUUUGAGAACACAGCCGGACCUGAUGCACACCAAGCUGUUGCAUUCCGAUCAGACAGUGACCAAUCUAUUAUUGAGAAUUGCGAGUUCCUCGGCCACCAGGAUACGCUUUAUGCUAGAGCGUUGCGUCAAUUAUACAACUCGUGUCGUAUUCAAGGAACUGUGGAUUUCAUUUUUGGCAACUCAGCUGCAGUUUUUCAGAACUCGGUUAUUUUAAUCCGGCCGCGGCAGCUAUCACCUGAGCAUGGUGAGACGAAUGCAGUAUCAGCUCAUGGGCGGACGGAUCCUGGUCAGUCGACUGGAUUUAUUUUUCAGAAUUGUUUGAUUAAUGGUACAGAUGAGUACAUGAAAUUGUACUAUGAGAAUCCUAAAGUUCAUCGGAACUAUUUGGGUAGACCGUGGAAGGAGUACUCGAGAACCGUCUUCAUUGACUGUCACUUGGAAUCUCUAAUUGCCCCUGAAGGAUGGAUGCCAUGGGACGGUGAUUACGCAUUAUCUACGUUAUAUUACGGGGAGUCGGACAAUUCAGGUCCUGGGGCAAAUUCUUCCCUGAGGGUUCCUUGGAGUAGUCAAAUUCCUUCAGAGUAUGUCAGCACUUAUUCCUUGGGAAAUUUCAUUCAAUCAGGCGAGUGGAUGUCCUCGUCUUCUUGAGAAGUAGAGUGUACCAGUAUAUGUUUUCUCUUACAAUCCAAUCGCCUAGUUGUAAAUCAUUAACAUCUGAACAUUCUCGUAUUCUAUCAGAACAAAAUGAGCCAUCUUUCUUAUGAUAACCUUACCUUGUGUCAGUAGCAGAACUGAAAGUGUUUUCUGAGCUUGAGCUCAUUAUCAUCAGUUUACAAAAUGCAUAAAGAAAAUGCAAAUGAGAAAUGCAAAAAUAUGCCUCAGGCUCUUAUAAG